GUGACAAAAAUUAACUAUGGGCUGAGCCCAACUAGGCAGCCCCAACCUUACACAUUUCAAUGGCCAAAACCCAAUUUCAUUGCCCACAGCCCACCACAGCCCUAGCUGCGUGCCUGCGUGCUUCCCCACCCUCCCGCUGUCCAGCAAUUCGGCUGCUGCGUGCGCCGUGCUUCCCCAUCGCAACUCGCUCGAGCCUCGAAGUGAGAAUGGAGAAGGAGAAGGAAAACGGAAAGGUGAACCCCAAUCGUCGACUUUGCAGGCUAGCACGGAGCUUCGUCUCACCGACUUUGCAGCCCCAACCCCAAUCGUCGCCUCGCGCCCUCGCCUCCCCGUCUCCGAUUAUCCAUCAUCCGCCCCACCGCCGACUUUGGAGCUUCGUCGUUGACUAUCCAGCUCCAUUGCACGGUUGCUAUUUGUCUCCAUCGCCUUCCACCAUAGCCAUCGACCUCCACCAUCCUUCUCUUCUCAGGCUGCUCCAUCACCAUCGACCUUCACUGACUGGCGACUGCCAUCAACCUCCGCUGACCGCCAUUGACCUCCGCCGACCACCAUCGAACCUAUCUAUCUCUAUAGCCAUCGACGUUUGCAAUUCUUCCAUUGACUCCACCAUUGUUUGCUGCCGCUGCAACAGAGAACCAAAAUUAUGGAAAUAAUGAUUGACUGUUCUUCCAUUCCCCUAUGUUUGUUCUUCAUUCCCCAAUUCAAACUGUUACUAAAUGGCCAGAAUGCUUAAUAGUUAAUAUGUCUCUGCCUAUUAUUCAGGCUAGCAAAAGAGCUCGUUACAAAGUUAGCUCUGGAUAAUACAGGUUUUGUUGAACA